AUGGUGGAGGUGACUCAUUCCAGCGUGGCGGUCAGCAUGGCAUCGCGGACGUGUUGGGUCGCACCGCACCCGACGAGCGGCACUCGCUGCUGGCUGGGCGUAUUGAUCAUUCCUGGAUCGUUGCCAACUGGACCUCAGAACGAACGUAUUACUGCAACAGUAUUGCUACCAUCACCAUCACCAUCACCAUCACCAUCACCAUCACCAUCUUGUCUGGUGGUUGUGGUUGUGGUUGUGUUUGUGAUUGUGGAAAGAGCCGACACCGGCCGCGGCGGCCAAUCAGCAGCGCAUCCCGGAUGA